AUGCAUCACAGUGGGUCCGAAGAGACGUCGCGCCAGGACGCAGCAGCCGCUAAGGUCUUGCUGCUGCGACGAUGGAGCGACAUGCCGCAACAUCUUCAAUUUAAUCCGCAUAUCCUUACCGGCUACAGGCCGCUCAUGACCAUUCGCCAGUGCCUCGGCAGCCUCUUCUAUAUCCACAAUGAGACCGUCAACAUCCUGACGCACGGAUUCGCUAUUCUAUACAUGCUGGUGACUGUACCGUAUCUACUUCCGUGGAACACGAAAGGAACGCUCGUGGGAAUACUGUCUUGGUGCCAUUUGAUCGGCGCUGUCAGUCCGUGGGUCGGGUCCUUCCUAUAUCACCUCUUCAUGAACGUAAACUAUGACGAGGUCUUGUACAGGACGCUGCUGAAAGUCGACAUGAUCGGCAUAUGGCUGUGCCAGAGUUUCGGAGCGAUACCGAUGAUGGCCGCGGCAGUCCAUUGUCUCGCCGAUAACGUCUGGUACUGCUGCAUUUUUAUUUAUUGCUCCCUCAGUAUGUGGGGACUUUUAAAGGCGAUGACUGCGAGAUCACCAUGGGAAAGACGUUUAUGUUUUGCCCCGCUUUUCCUGAUGAGGAUGCUGGUUAUGACGUUGAGAUGUUUCGGUAUCGGAGGUGGAUCACCCGAGGCUCUCAUCCAUAUAAUAUUGCAGGAUCUCAUAGCUGUGAUAGGUGCAACCAUUGGCGCUCUCCGCAUUCCAGAGAAGUGGAUUCCCGGCAGAUUGGAUCUAGUGCUGAAUUCCCAUAACGUAAUGCAUGUGAUGGUCGUACUGGCGGUAUGCUCCAUGCAUACCGCAACCUUGAACGAUCUCGCCUGGAUGUCCGAUCCGUCUACGUGCAACGGAACAAGCUCUCUUCUUCUUUCUCCGGGUCGUAACGAACUGUGAUCGAUCGAACGAUGUGAAGAACAUGCUUCUGCUGCAGUCUGUGAUAAACCGAGCCUAUAACAACCGGCGAUUAGUCGAGCGCUUCGACAUUUGGAGACCAGAAAGUGCUGAAUUCUAUAAUAGAUUUAGGAGUACAGAUAAUAAAAAAAAGGAAUAUAUAUAUAUAUAUAUAUCUAUAUAUAUAUACAGAUAUAUACAUAUUAUACAUAUAACAGAGUUUAAUACAGAGUUAUCUGAUUUAUGCGAUCAUCUCGCGGGACAGUUUAAGUACAAUCACGAGUACAAAGUACAUACGGUUACUUAUCAUAUCGAACGUCUAAUGAUAAUUCCAGAUCUAUCCGAGAUUGAAGUUGACGAGAAUUGACGAAUCUGGUGCAAGAAAGAAAAGAUGAAAUUUAUUUGUGAUUUUUGGCAGAAGAUAAUCAAUACUUUAAGACAAGAACAUUAUUUAUUAAUUUCAAUAGAAUGAGAACUGAUCAAUCAGUGGAAUUGUGCCUCACUUGUGUGUACACGAUAAUGCUCUUCUGGAAACAAAGAGGAUUCCCCGAAUAUUUUGCACCAGACUCUUCAAUUUAUUCUGCGAAAUUGAAUUUGACGUUUCAAAAUCAGUCGCAUACACUUUACAUUUUUUCAAAGUUUCUUUCUAUAUCCAAUAUUUCAACGCCACACUUUGUGUUAUUCAUAAUUGAACUUCGCAAGGGACACUAUAUAAUCCUAAUAAUAGAACAAAUUCUUUCCAUAGAUAGAAACAAAUGCAUGAAGUUAAAGAAUCUACGUCCAAUUGCGAGCAUUAGUUUUACGUAGAAUGAAUUUCUCUAUUCGCUUUCUUUUAUGGUUUUCUCUUUCUCUUACAGCUCAUUCUUUACAUGUGUGGUCGAUCACCGGGAAAAAUACAAUGUUAUCGAAAGAAAGUUGGGGAGAGUUCAAUACGCAAUUAAAUGUGCUUCAUCGACACCUAGUGAGAGAAACCUACGCAUUAGGAGUGAGCUGGAAGGCGAUAUAAGCACAUCAAAAAUAUGUUUAUUGUUGUGGUACAAUGAUCCAGGAUCUCCUAAUAGUACGCAACACACACACACACACACACACACAUACAUUCAGGUGUCCAUCUCUUCGAGUCGAUACGCUUUAUAAUGCAUCCAUAAAUCCUUUAUAAUGCAGCUGAUAAAACUGUCUCGAAACGUCGACGAGAGUUUGUCCAAUUAUCCGUAUUGAACUCGUAACAAAAUUAUUCUAAACCCGACUCUCUAUUGCAACUCAGAGUUAAGCAAACCAGAGAUGUAGACCUCGAUUUACGGAUAAAUCGUUCGUAUCAUAAGGUAGUUAAUAUUGACACACGUUAAUAAAGAUCGACGAGUUCUUAGAUAUACGAUUCCGUACGAGAAGUUACAAUAAUAGUGAGAGCAGUAAUAGUAUCGCAGAAUACACUUCGCGUCUUUCUCCGACGAAGGUUAAUGUACCUCUUGCAUCUUGCACCAGACACCGUACAUCCUUAUAUUCCCGUCGCGUAGAUGAAAUUGCGAACGUUUUAGCAACUCGCAACGUCCGAAAGAUUUAUUAUACAUAAUUUUACUAUGUACAAUUAAACACACUUUUCGAACUUAACUGUGCUAAGGAUAAGCAAUAAUUAAUGAGCUAUUAAAAGCAGAGACCGUUAAAUUACAUUCUUGAAUAUAGACACUUUGUUAGAACCUUAAGCGUACAACUUAUUGUGAAAAAAAAUAAUAUAAGGCACUGUGUUCGAGUGUGCUUAAAUAAUUUACAUAUAUUAGACCUACAAAAUAAUUUAUUUACGCCGCGAUGUGAUUGAAUGCGUUGCCGUAUUCAACGCAAUUAACACACUUCGAAGGAUAGUUGUGAUUUACAGGUUGUAUAGCGUACUAAUAGAGACCGUUAUAGAAUGCAACGUGAGAGAUAUAUGCCAGAGAAAUAAAACAUCUUUAAAAAUA